CUCCCCUGAUGGACACACUCGCUCCGAUCAUCGCGCUGUGCUUUCUUGGGGUUUUUUCUUCAGCAGAAACUCCUCAAAGCUAUUGCCCAUCCCCACUGAUUCAGGCAGAAGAAGGUCGUAAUGUCUCAUUACCAUGUUAUGUGGAUCCCUCAGUUGACCUGUCUGCUUAUACCGUGGACUGGAAACACACUGACUUGAAUGAUGUAGUCUUCUCGUGGCGACACGGGCAGGAAAAUCAUGGUGCACAGGCGGCGAGCUAUAGAAGCAGAGCAAGUAUCGACUCUGGAGACCUUAGCAGAGGAAAUCUAACCCUGCAGAUCUUCUCAGCACGCCUGUCUGAUAGUGGGCAUUACAGGUGUUUUGUGCCAAAACUGAAAGCCUUUUGCAUCGUUCAUCUUAAUGUAACCAAAGAGAUUAAUGUCAGGUCCAGCACAACCACAUCUCCAAAUCUCCACAGCACAACCACAACGCUGAAGCCAAAUGAUCCAGAUAAACGUCUUGCCGUUCUCCUUCCUGUUGGUAUCGUCUUUCUCCUGGCUGUCGUUGGAUUUUGUCUGAAGAAACGCGUAAAGAUCCGGCAAUGCGUGGGGAAGCUGACAGGGCAGAAACGAGGAGUGGACCGUUCAAGCCACGUUGAACUUCAGUCUUUGGAGAAUUCAACAAUGAAAUACGACACGAACAAGGCUUCUUGAGAAAUGAGUGAAGUACAAUGUUGUGCUUGUCUUUGAUUGGCUGAGUGAUCAAAAUGAUUUUAGAUUCUCAAGCUGCUCUCAUUACGUUACAGCUGAUUUAAGUACAACUUAAUUCAAAUUAAUUACGUUGGAUCGUUUUAAGCGUUUCUAAAAGCUCAUCCUUGUUCCCAUUUAGAGACUCGUAUUCGAUCUGUGUUAUUGUAUUUCAUAUUGGAAUAGUGUGUGCUUUUGUUUAGUGUAUGUAGCACUUUGCAGUGUGUGUGUGUCUGUCUGUCUGUUGCACAUAUAUGCUUGUAUAGCCAUUUAUGUAUAUAAGUAUAUGCAUAAACUGUGCCCCCCCCCUUCCUUCUACAUGUUUGCACUGAGUAGAUGCUCUGUAUCUCAUUGUACAUCUGUAUAGUGACAACAAAGGCAUUCUAUUCUAUAUAAGCGUAUGCUUACUUUAUAUAUGGAUGUCUUGUAACAUUUUAACUCAUUUUAUUCCUUCUUUUGUUUUAACUACAUUGUCCCUCUGUUCAACAAUUUGGCCUUGAUGUCUUUUAAGUAAAUUAAUGGUCACAGAUCUGGGAACAAUCACUGAGUGACUUACUGGUUAUGUUUUAAAUUCCAAAAAUGAAUUGGGACUCUGAGAGGCAGAACAAACAAUCUGCUAAAAAUCAUGAUGUGUUGGUUGAAUAUACAGCGUCCUCCAUAAUGUUUUUAAGAUUGUAUUUUUUUUUUCUCUGUACACGAGCACGGUGGAUUUACGUAAUGUUUUUUUUUUCCGUGAACGGGAAACUGCUUAAAGAAGCAGUUUGUCCAAUCGUGUUUUAAAUAAAGUUCUUUGAAAAAAAAUUCCGCCAAAAAGUACGUCCACGACGUAAGUACGCGCCACAGUCAGCCAAUAA